AUGUAUGAUGAACGACGAAAUACUCAACAUUUUGAUCUUUCGCAAGGUCUUGUAUUUCGAUGUCAUCUUGUUUACUACAAAGAAAUCUCUCCUAAUGAUCUUCUUUCUGAUAAAGAUAUAGUUAUUUUUAAUUUUCAUCAUAUUAUAUUCGAUUUUCCAUCAAUUAAUAUAUUUCUUAAUGAUCUUAAUCAAGCAUAUACAACACGUCAAGUAUCUAAUGAUGAUAAUACUACUCUACGUUAUCUUGAUUAUGCUGCUAUUGAACAACAAAUGUCAAUGACUGGUGCAAGUAUGUUUUGGCGUGAUGCUCUUCAUGAUUGUAAACUGGAUCAAUCAUUGUCAUUACCAUUUGAUCGAUAUCGUCUCUCAAAUGAACAUCGAACUGGUCAUACAACAACUAUUUCUUUUAAUUUUGGUCAAGAUCUCUCAUAUGACUUUCUUACAUAUGCAUCAUCAAAUAACAUAUCACUUCAACAUCUCACAUUUGCUAUUUAUUUUAUUUUUCUAUUUAAAUUAACUAAUGGACAAACAGAUUUAUGUGUUGGUAUGAAUAUCAAUAAUAAUCGAUAUAGAGAUGAACUCAAAUCAACCAUUGGAUUAUUUGAAAAUAUCAUUCCAUUACGAUGUCAAUUAGAUCCUCAUUGGUGUUUUCAUCAAUUACUCAAACAUGUUCGAGAUGUAGCGACAAGUAGUAUGAAAUAUUCAUAUUUUCCACUUCAACGUAUUCUCAAUCAACAUUCACAUAUUUCAAAACAUGCAUUCUUGGAUACAUCUUUGGAAUUCAUAUCAUACAAGACUAACAUUGACAACAAUGCAAUUAUGAUUGGUGAUUCUCAACUUGUUCCAGGAUCUUUCUCAUUCAAUAUUAUUGAAGAUGAGAUAUUAAGUAUAUUCGACUUCUCUCUUUCUAUUUAUCAUAAUAUGAACAUGAAUCAACUAUCAUACACAAUCAAUGCAUCACUUAAUUUGUUAAAUAGAGACACAGUGGAGAAGAUUUCACAACGAUUUUAUUUCAUCUUGAAUCAAUUAUCUACAUCUAUGAUUGACAAUCAAAUGAACAAACCAAUCUAUGAACUAUCAAUAAUAUUAUCAAAUGAGCAAUAUCUAAUGCAAUCAUUGAAGAAUACACAAAUACCAUUUUCAUCUCCUCUCAGUUGUAUUCAUCAUGAGUUUGUAUAUCAAGUAAUGAAACAUCCACAAAAAGUAGCUGUUGAACUAGAUGAACAAACAUUGGCAUAUUGUGAACUACUGUAUUAUGUUCAAGUCUUAUCUUUAACUCUUCUCAAUGAAUAUCAUGUGUUUCCAGGUGAGGUUGUGUGCCAAUGUGUUGAGCGAAGUUUGUCAAUGGUGAUUGGUAUUAUGGCGAUUGAAAUGGCUGGUGGUGUUUAUUGUCCAUUAUCACCUAGAGACCCAGAACAUCGUUUGUAUUUUCUUACACAACAUACUCAAAGUCAUGUUGUUCUUGUUCAUUGGUCGACAAAACCCAAAUUUCAUAAUAAAGUUGUUUCGAUUGACAUUCAUUCAUCAUGGAUUAAUAAUGGUAUAAUCAGUGCUGUUAACGUUGACCGUCUAUCAAGUAUUACAGUCACAUCAAGUGAUAUUGCCUAUAUCAUUUUCACAAGUGGUUCAACUGGAGUACCAAAAGCGGUUAAAAUCCGACACAAAAAUUUUGCUGGAUGUAUAAACUCUUUGGUCGGUAGCAAUACAUUCAAUAAAAAUGAUACUGUUGUUCAGAUGGCACGAUGCUCAUUUGACAAUCAUCUUCAAGAAAUACUUGGUAGUUUGAUGAUUGGAGCUACAUCUGUUCUGCUCCAUCCAAAAGGAACAGUUGAUUUUGAUUAUCUCUCUCAUAUCGUACACACUAAACAAAUUACAUACAUGCACAGUGUUCCAAGUUUACUUCAGAGCUUUUUUAUUUUUCUCGAACAGUGCAGCAACACAAACGCUAUUAAACAUCUUCGAUCGGUUUGUAGUAUCGGUGAACCGUUUUCUGUUAAAUUAAGAGCUUUAAUCGAAAACAUUGGUAUAUCACACUGUAUUGUAUGGAAUUUAUAUGGUCCUACUGAAUUAACAGUCGCCUGUACAUAUCAUCCUGUUGAUAUUAAGUCAACUAGUGCAAGUAUUCCAAUCGGCAGAUCACUACCAAACUAUCAGUCGUUGCUUUUGAAUAAAUUCUUGCAAAGCACAUGUAUUAGUCAAACAGGAGAGUUAUUUGUCGGAGGAGUAGGUGUGUUUGCCGGGUAUCUUGGACGUGAUGAUUUAACUGCAAAAGCUCUUGUUGAAAUAGAUGGUCAACUAUUUUAUCGAACAGGUGAUCUUGUUAAAAUAUAUGAUAAUGGCCUUCUUUACUAUCAAGGAAGAAAAGAUCAUCAAAUCAAACUUCAUGGACAAAGAAUUGAACUCGGUGAAAUCGAACGAUGUUUACUUAAUAUUACAUCAAUAUCUACUUGUGUUGUCAUUAAAUGGAAUGAUGAUUAUUUAGUUGCAUAUGUUCAAAGUUCUGAUAUUAACGAAGAACAACUAUGUCAAUAUUGUCAAUCUCAUCUUCCACCACAUAUGAUUCCAUUUCUCUUUAUUAUACUUGACAAAUUACCACUGAAUGCAAAUGGAAAAAUCGAUCGAAAACUUCUUCCACCACCUAACUUUUCAUCAAUUCAUCUCACUAAUCAUGAUGAACUAUUGUUACCAACAAAUGAAAUUGAAAUCAUCAUUCAUCAUGUUUGGUGCGAUCUAUUAAAACAAAAACAAAUCUCAACUAACACAAAUAUCUUCACUCUUGGUGGUCACUCACUUGUCAUUAUGCAACUAUUUCAUCGAUAUAAAACCGAGUUUAAUUUAGAAAUAAACACUCUUUCGAUUACUGAUCUUUUUCAACAUUCAACAAUUAUCGAUCAUGCUCAACUCAUUUAUCAAACUAUGAAUGUGAUAAAGAAUAACAAUCACUAUCAUUGGUCUUCAUUACAUAUCAUUGAAGCUAAAGCAUCAUUUGCACAAACACGUAUUUUCUUAGAUGAACAGAUUCGAUUUUCAUCCACAGAUAGUAAUACUAACAUGUAUGUUAUUCCAUUAACUUAUCGUGUUUCAUCUAUGAAUGAUCAUAUAUCAAUUCCACGAUUGCAACAUGCAUUUCAAGCUAUCAUAGCAAAACAUCGAAUUCUUCAAACAGCACUCUAUCUUAAUACAAAUGGUACCAUUAUUCAACAUUGUUUAGAUACAAAUGCUAUUAUCAAUGAUAACAAAUCACCUAGAUUUUCAAUAAUUAAUCUUUCCGAUGAAGAACAUGAACAGAAUGCAAUUGUAAAGAAGAUUUUAAAUCAAUCAGAUUUGUUUGAUUUAUCAAUAGGACAUGUUAUGAAUUGUCAUAUUCUUCGUCGUGAUCAAUCAAAUCAUUCACUUACUCAGAUUAAUGAUGAUCUAUUGACGAAAGAUGAUCUGAUAUUAUUUACCAUUCAUCAUGCUUGUUUUGAUGGAGCAUCAAGAUCAAUCUUCAUUCGUGAUCUUUCUCUUGCUUAUCAAUCUAAUGAUUUACUUCCUAUAGAUAAUGAUUCAUUACAAUACAUCGACUAUUCUAUUCAUGAAUGCAUAAUAGAUAUGGCAUUAUCCCAAGAAUUUUGGUUGUUAGAACUCAAAGGAUAUAAUCUUACAGGCCAAUUAUCAUUACCUGUUGAUCGACGACCUUCAUCAGCUAAUCAACAACGAUCAGGUUUAGCUUCUUCAGCUCAAAUCACUGUUGAUGAGGAAAUAUGUGCAUCAUUUCUCAACUAUGCAUCAUCACAUCAUCUCACACUUUUUCAACUUGGAUUAUCCAUAUUUUAUGCAUUUCUAUUCAAAUUAACUCAUGGUGAGACUGAUUUAUGUAUUUCUUCUAUUAAUGCAAAUCGAUAUCGAAGUGAAUUAGUGAAUAUGAUUGGAAUGUUUGUUUCAAUAUUACCAUAUCGAGUUGAGCUUGAUCCUCAUUGGUCACUUGAUGAAGUAGUUACAUAUGUACAAGAAAAAUGUUUAUCAAUUCUUGAACAUUCUCAUUAUCCAUUACAAUAUAUUCUUGGUGAUAAUCGAGUAAAUCAAUCGAAUGUCUCAUUUCUUGGAACAAUGUUUGAUUUUAUUACUGUGUCAAAAAAUACUAAUAAUUUAUGUUUGAAUGGUAUUAAUUUAGAAGAAGUGUCGUUAAAUAAAUUGUAUGUAAUGGCUAAAUUUGACUUCUCAUUAAACUUUAUAUACAAUCCAUCGUUAGAUGAUAAUCAACUAUGUUGUUCUUUUGUUUGUUCAAGUGAUUUAUUUGGUGAGAGAACAGUUGCAGUGAUAAGUCAAAGAUUUCAACAUGCUUUAGAACUACUGUUUUCAUCGAAAUCGAACACAAAAUGCAUUGAUUUAUAUUGCACAUCUAUAUCAAAAUUUGAUCUUAUUCUACCAGAAGAAGUUGAAGAAAGACAAGCAAUAAUAUUUCACAGAUUGGAAAAUAUUAUUAAUGAAGCACCAGCGUCCUUGGCACAAUGUCGAAUAUGGUCAGAAAACCAAAGAGAUGUUGAUACUGAUCAAUCAUCUUUAACGACCCAUAAUAUGCCAUUUUUCUAUCGUCUCUACACAGGAGAUAUUUUAUCUGUAGAUCAACUUCGUCAUGCUCUUCAACUCAUUGUUAACAAACAUGAAUCACUUCAUACAUUACUCAUUUACGAUUUCAACAAAAAUAUACUCAUGCAGAGAGUUCCCACUCAACAACAUAUCAAUAAUGACAUGUUUACAAUUACUGAAAGUACUUACGAAACAGAUGAACAACUCAAUACUAUCAUCGAAAAUAAGAAAUGUAAUCCUCAACUUUUCGAUCUUGCUCAAGGUCUUGUCUUUCAAUGUCAUAUUGUUUACUAUAAACAAAUCUCUUCCAACAACAUCCUAUCAGAUAAAGAUAUAAUUAUCUUCAACUUUCAUCAUGCCUUCUUUGAUUAUCCAUCAAUGAAUAUAUUUCUUCAUGAUCUCGAUCAAGCUUACAAAACAGAUCAGCUAACAGCUGAUGAUGCCACUACUCUACGUUAUAUCGAUUAUGCUGUUAUUGAACAACAAAUGUCCAUGACUGGUGCAAGUAUGUUUUGGCUUGAUGCUCUUCGUGAUUGUAAACUUGAUCAACCUUUGUCAUUACCAUAUGAUCGACAUCGUCUUAUGAAUGAACAUCGAACUAAUAGGGCAACAUCGAUUUCUUUUGAUUUUGGUCAGGAUGUUUCACAGCAUUUUCUUACCUAUGCAUCAUCAAACAAUAUCAAACAUCAACAUCUAGCACUUGCUAUAUACUUUAUCUUCUUAUUCAAACUAACGAACGGUGAACAAGAUGUAUGUAUUGGAAUGAAUAUCGACAAUCGUUAUAGAGAUGAACUAAAAUCUAUAAUUGGACUGUUUGAGAAUACCAUUCCAUUACGAUGUCAAUUAAAUCCUCACUGGUCUUUCCAAUAUCUACUCGAUCAUGUUCGAGAGAUGACAACCAAUAGUAUGAAAUAUUCCUAUUUUCCUCUUCAACGUCUUCUCAAUCAACAUCAAAAUGUUUCGAAAGCUGCGUUUCUUGAUAUAUCAUUUGAAUUUCUAUCAUUGAUGACAACAAUUGACAAUAAAUUAAUAAUGAUUGAUGAUAGUCAACUCUCUUCCAUACCUUCCACAAUGAACAUUAACGAUUUCUCACUUAUAAUCCCAUUUGAUGUCAAUAUCAAUCAACUCUCAUGUACAAUCAAUGCAUCACUUGAUUUAUUCAAUGUAGAAACAAUUGAUAAGAUAUCUCAACGAUUUCAUUCAAUCUUGCAACAAUUGUUUACAUCUGUUCAUGAUCAAAUGGGGAAGUCAAUCUAUGAAAUAUCAUUAACAUUACCGAAUGAAAGAUUACUAAUGCAAUCAUUGAAGAAUACACAAAUAUCGUUUCCAUCUUCUGUCAGUUGUAUUCAUCAUGAAUUUGUAAGUCAAGUAAUAAAACAUCCACAAAAACUAGCUGUUGAACUAGAUGAACAAUCUCUGACUUAUGCUGAACUUCUACAUUAUGUUCAAGUGUUAUCUUUAACUCUUCUAAAUGAAUAUGAUAUAUUUCCAGGUGAAAUUAUAUGUCAAUGUGUCGAGAGAAGUUUGUCGAUGGUAAUUGGUAUUAUGGCGAUUGAAAUGUCUGGUGGUGUUUACUGUCCAUUGUCACCUCGAGAUCCAGAACAUCGUUUACACACACUUGUACAACAAACUGAUAGUCGUCUUGUUCUUGUUCACUGGUCGACAAAGUCCAAAUUUAAUAAUAAAAUUGUUUCGAUUGACAUUCAUUCAACAUGGAUUAAUAAUGAUAUAAUCAGUGACAUUAACGUUGAACGACUAUCCUAUAUUACAGUCACACCAUUUAAUAUUGCUUAUAUUAUCUUCACAAGUGGUUCAACUGGAAUACCAAAAUCAAUUCGAGUAAGACAUCAGAAUUUUAUACAUUUUACACAUUCAUUCAUGCACAUUGGUGCUCUACAUAAAAAUGACAUUGUCAUGCAACUUGCUACUUCGACAUUUGAUGCGCAUGUACAAGAAAUUUUAGCUACUUUGAUUUCUGGCGCAACAGUAAUUAUGCUGCACCCUGAUGGCGAACCAAUGUUGUUCUCUUUGAAGAAAUUAUUGAUGUAUCAUAUGGUAAAAUCUUGUCGUGUUUGGAAUUUGUAUGGCCCAGCUGAAGCCACACUAGGAACUACACAUCAUUUAGUUAAUGAAAUGUCUAAUAUGAAGACUGUUCCGAUCGGUACAUCGUUUUCAAAUUACAAAUGUUUAAUCAUAGAUGAUUUCUUACAGUCCGUCACUGAUUCCCAAGAAGGUCAAUUAUUUGUUGGAGGUGUUGGUGUUUUUGCUGGAUACCUCGGACGUGAUGAUUUAACUGCAAAAGCUCUUGUUGAAAUAGAUGGUCAACUAUUUUAUCGAACAGGUGAUCUUGUUAGAUUGGAUAGCAAUGGUCUGCUUCAUUAUAAAGGAAGAAAAGAUCAUCAAAUCAAACUUCAUGGACAACGAAUUGAACUCGGUGAGAUCGAACGAUGUCUACUUAAUAUCACAUCCAUCUCUGCUUGUGUUGUCAUGAAAUGGAAUGACGAUUAUUUAGUAGCAUAUGUUCAAAGUUCUGAUAUUAUUGAACAGGAAUUACGUGAACAUUGUCAAUCUCAUCUUCCACCACAUAUGAUUCCAUCUGUCUUUAUUAUACUAGAUAAAUUACUUCUGAAUCAAAAUGGAAAGAUAGAUCGAAAACUUCUUCCUUCACCUCACUUCUCAUCUGUACAUCUCACAAACACUAUAGAACUAGUAUUACCAACCAAUCAUAUUGAAGUCAGCAUUAAUCGUAUUUGGUGUGAGAUAUUAGAACAAAACCAAAUCUCAGCUGAUACAAAUCUCUUUACUAUUGGUGGUCAUUCAUUACUUAUGAUGCAACUUUUUCAUCAAUACAAGAUUGAAUUUCAUUUAGAAACAAAUUCUCUUUCUAUUUCGAAUCUGUUUCAACAUCCAACAAUUAUCCAUCAUGCUCAACUCAUUCAACAAUCUCUAAAUACCAUUCACACUGUGGAUGAUUAUCCUUGGUCUUCAUUAUAUCUCAUUCAAGCUAGAGCAUCAUUUGCACAAGAACGAAUCUACUUAGAUGAACAAAUUCGUUUUUCAUCCAAAACAACCAUGAAUAAUAUGUAUGUUAUUCCAUUACUUUAUCGUAUAUCAUCUAUGAAUGAUUAUAUAUCAAUUACUCGAUUAUAUCAUGCAUUUCAAAGUGUUAUCACAAAACAUAAUAUUCUUCGAACAGCACUUUAUCUUGAUGAUAGAAAUGGUAAUAUUACACAACAUUGUUUAGAUGGAAAUGUCAUUCUCGAUAGUGAUAUGAAAUCACAUGGAUUCACAAUCAUUAAUCUUAAUACUGAUGAUCAUCGUCACAUGAAUGAAAUGGUUAAAGAAAUAUUAAAUCAACCUACUUUAUUCGAUUUAUCAAAAGGAAGUGUUAUUAAUUGUCAUAUUCUUCGUCGUUAUCAUCAAUCUCAAGAUAAUAUUUCAUGUGAGAAUGAUGUUCUGUUGACUAAAAAUGAUCUGAUCUUAUUCACCGUUCAUCAUGCGAUGUUUGAUGGAGCAUCAACAUCAGUCUUUCUUCGUGAUCUUUCUGUUGCUUAUCAGUCUGAUGACUCAUUAUCUAUGGAUGAUAAACUAUUAAAUUAUAUAGAUUAUUCUGUUCAUGAACAUAUCAUGGAUAUGUCAUUAUCUCGUGAGUUCUGGCAUUCUCAACUUGAAGAAUAUAAUAUCGAAUGUUCAUUAUCAUUACCAUUUGAUCGACAACGUUCAUCAAAUAAUCAACAACGAUCAGGUUCAGCAUCCACAGCUGAAAUCAUUUUUGAUAAUGAAAUAUGCACAUCAUUUCUCAACUAUGCAUCAUCACAUCAUCUCACACUUUUUCAACUUGGAUUAUCCAUAUUUUAUGUAUUUCUAUUCAAAUUAACUCAUGGUCAAACUGAUCUAUGUAUUGGUUCUAUUAAUGCAAAUCGAUAUCGAAGUGAAUUAGUGAAUAUGAUUGGAAUGUUUGUUUCAACAUUACCAAAUCGUUUAGAAAUUGAUUCUAGUUGGUCAUUUAAUGAACUUGUCCAACAUGUGCGAGAAAAAUGUUUAUCAAUUCUUGAACAUUCUCAUUAUCCAUUACAACAUAUUCUUAGUGAUUUACAUCUCACUCAAUCAAGUGUAUCAUUUCUUGAAACAAUGUUUGAUUUCAUCACUAUAUCAAAAGAUGUGGGUGGAUUACGUUUGAAUGGUGUUAAUCUAGAACAAGUGUCGUUACAAAAAUCAUAUAAAGUGGCUAAAUUUGACUUCUCAUUAAACUUUGUAUACAAUUCAUCAUCAGAUGAUAAUCAAUUGUGUUGUUCUUUUGUUUGUUCACGUGAUUUAUUUGAUCAAACAACCGUUAACGUCAUAAGUCAAAGAUUUCAACAUGUUUUAGAACAAUUGUUUUCAAUGAAUUCUAAUAUUAAUCAGACUGAUUUCAUCCUGUCACCUAUUACCAAACUUAGUCUUAUUUUAUCAGAAGAAAUUCAUGAAAUGGAACGAAUAGUUUUUUGUCGACAAUUAGAUAUUACAAAUGAAGCACCAGCAUCAUAUGCUCAAGCACGUAUUUGGCUUGAUGAACGAAUUCGUUUUGAUUCAAAAAAUUCACAAGUUGCCAUAUAUAAUAUGCCUUUUCUUCAUCGACUUUCAUUAGGUAGUACUCUAUCAAUAUCUAAACUUCGUCAAGCUUUACAACAUGUUCUUAUAAAACAUUCUGCUCUUCGUACAUCACUCUAUUUCGAUACAAAGAAAAAUAUAUUAAUGCAAAAGAUUAUGGAUCAUAUUGACAACAAAGAAUUAUUUACAUUUAUUGAAAGUACUUUCGAAACAGAUGAAGAUCUCAAUAAAAUUAUGCAUAAUGAACGUGGGAAUCCAAAUAAUUUUAAUUUAUUAACUGGUGUUGCUUGUCGAUGUCAUGUUGUUUAUUAUAAAAACAUUUCUCAAAAAGGAAUAAUUUGUGAAAAAGAUGCACUUAUCUUUAAUUUUCAUCAUGCUUUAUUUGAUUUUCUAUCAGUGAAAAUGUUUCGUCAAGAUCUUGAUAAAGCAUACACAAUGGGUUACUUAGAAAAUGAUGAUAAUACAAGUUUGCGUUAUCUUGAUUAUGCUGUGGCUGAACAACAAAUGCCGAUGACAGCUGCCAAUGCUUUUUGGCUUGAUACUCUUCGUGAUUGUGAAAUCGAUCGACCUUUACAAUUACCAUUUGAUCGACAUCGUGUUUCUGAUGAACAUCGUACAGGUCGUGGAACUUCAAUUUUAUUUCGAUUUGACAACGAUCUUUCGAAAGCAUUUCUAACUUAUGCUUCAACUUAUAAUAUUAAACUUGAAUAUUUAGCACUUGCUUCUUAUUAUACAUUCUUAUUUAAAUUAGCUAAUAAUGAAAAUGAUAUAUGUGUUGUUAUGAAUAAUCAUGGUCGUUCGAAACCUGAAUUAAUGUCAAUUAUUGGAAUGUUUGUUAACGCACUUCCAAUGCGAUGUCAAAUUAAUUCUAAUUAUUUAUUUGAUGAAUUUGUACAACAUGUAGAUACAACCGCUACACAAACAUUCGAACAUUCUUAUUUUCCUCUUCAACGUAUUCUUGCUCAACAUCCACAUAUUUCUCGUCCUACAUUUCUUGAUGUAUUCUUUGGAUUUGUUUCUUUUCCAACUGAUGAUAAUCAUAAUGAAGUGACAUUAGGAGAUGUUCCUAUUUAUACUAUGCCCUAUUCAAUUAAAAUAAAUACAGAUGAAAUUGCAAGUAAAUUUGAUUUUUCUCUAAGUAUUAUACAUGAUACAAUAACCGAUCAAUUAUCAUGUACAAUCGAUGCAUCUCUUGACUUAUUCAACCCAUCAACAAUAUAUAAAAUUGGACAACGAUUUCAAGUUUUACUUCAACAACUUUUCAUAUUACAUUUAAUAGAUCAAACUUGUCAAUCGAUUCAUGAAUCAUCAAUAAUAUUACCUAAUGAAAAGAUUCUUAUGGCAUCAAUGAAUAAUACUCAAACUUUAUUUUCUUCAUCUAACCAUUGUAUACAACAUGAAUUUAUCCAGCAAGUAAAUAAACAACCACAAAAGAUAGCUAUAGAACUUGAUGAACAAUCUCUUACUUAUAAUGAAUUAUUAUAUUAUGCACAAUGUUUAUCUCUUGAAUUUUUAACAAAUUCAAAUUUUAUUUCUGGUAAUGUUGUUUGUCAAUGUAUAGAUCGUAGUAUAUCAAUGUUUAUUGGUAUGUUAUCUAUUAUUAUGGCUGGUGGUUCUUAUUGUCCAUUAUCACCUCGGGAUCAUGAACAUCGUCUUCGAUCUCUUAUCGAACAAACUCAAAGUAAUCUAGUUCUAGUAGAUUGGACAACACAAAAUAAAUUCGAAGAGAAAACAAUGAUAAUUAAUAUUAAUACAAUGAUAAUAAAUAAUAAUAAUGAAACAAUCAAUACAAAUCAUUUAGAUCUAUUUUCAACUUUCACAAUAAACUCGAAAAAUGUUGCUUUUGUAAUCUUUACAAGUGGUUCAACAGGCACACCAAAAGCCGUUCAAAUUAUGCAUCGUAAUUUAUUGAAUUGUAUGUCAUCUUUGAAUGAUCUUGGAAUAUUAACAAAAGAUGAUACUGUCAUUCAAAUGACUCAAUGUACAUUCGAUGUUCAUGUUAAAGAAUGUUUAGGUACAUUAAUCGUUGGUGGUACUGUUAUUCAAUUACAUCCAGGAGGCACAAUGGAUUAUAGUUAUUUAUCAAAAACAGUGCAGCAACAUUAUAUUACAUUUUUUAGUGUUGUUCCAUCGGUGAUGACUAUCUUACAUAAUUAUCUCAUUGACACAAAACAAUUGACUCAUCUUAAUACUAUUCGAAAAUUUGGCUUUCUCGGAGAAGCAAUCGACACGAGAACACUUGCUAAAAUGAUCAACUAUUUUGAUCUAAAUACGACAGCUUAUUAUAAUUUAUAUGGACCUGCUGAAACUACACUUACUUCUAUAUAUCAUCGAGUACCUAUUCAUGAAAUAAAUGAUGGAAUAAUUGCAAUUGGUAUUCCAUUUCCUAAUAUGCAAGUACAUUUAAUUGAUAGUUUCAAUCAAUCUGUCAUAGUUGGACAAGAAGGUGAAUUACUUAUAAGUGGUAGUGGUGUGUUUGCUGGUUAUUUAGGUCGUGAUGAUUUAACAAACAAAGCAUUGAUUGAAAUUAAUGAAAAACGUUUUUAUCAAACAGGAGAUCUUGCUCGAAUGGAUAGUAAUGGUUUAGUUUAUUAUCUUGGACGUAAAGAUCAUCAAGUAAAAAUUCAUGGACAACGAAUUGAAUUAGAUGAAAUUCAACGAUGUUUACUUGAUACUUCGAUUUCAGCUUGUGUUGUAAUUAAAUGGAGUAAUGAUCAUUUGAUUGCAUAUGUUCAAAGUAAUGAUAAUAAUGUGGAAUAUUUACGUGAUCAUUGUCGUUCUCGAUUACCACCAUUUAUGGUGCCUUCUAUGUUCAUUGUUCUUGAAAAAUUUCCAUUGAAUGCAAAUGGUAAAUUAGAUCGAAAACUUCUUCCUCAACCAAAUUUUUCCUCAUCAUCAAUAAAAACAACAGAUAUACAACAUACAAAUCCAAAUAAUUCAAUCGAAGAAAAACUUUUAUCUAUCUGGUGUGAAAUUCUUCAUCGUAAUAAUAACAAUGAACAAGAUGAAAUUUCAACUUCAGCAAACUUUUUCACUGUUGGUGGACAUUCACUUUUAUUUAUUCAACUUUAUCAUCGUUAUCAAUCAAUAUUUUCUUUUACUAAUGAGUUACUUUCUAUUGCAUUAUUCCUUCAAAAAACAACAAUUAUUGAACAUGCUAAAUUACUUAACUCAAUCAAAUCAACUGAUGUAGUAAUAGAAGAAACAUGGCAAUCACUUCAUUUAAUAAAAGGAAUGGCAUCAUUUGCACAAGAACGUAUCUAUCUCGACCAGCAAGUACGUUUUAUGAAUAAUGUAUCUGUUUAUAAUGAAUUGAUGAUAUUAAAACUUACAGAUGGUACAUUAUCAAAGAGUCAUCUACAACGAGCUAUUCAAUCAGUAUUAGAAAAACAUCAAAUUCUUCGUACUUGUCUUAUUCUUGACACUGAUGCUGGUACAUUAACACAAUGUGUCACACAAAAUCAUUUAAUGUUUAUGUUUAAUACUGAAAAAACAUUUAAGAAUGAUAAUGAACUUAAUUCAGUCAUUUUCCAAAUAAAAACAAAUCCAGAUCUAUUUAAUUUAUCUAGUGGCCAUGUUUUCUGUUGUGAAAUUCUUCGACAAUAUUCAUCUAUUCAAAAUGAUGAUCUACUUCAAGAAUCAGAUAUACUUGUAUUUGCUUUUCAUCAUGUAGCAUAUGAUCGAGCUUCUACUGAAAUAUUCUUCGAUGAUCUUAAUAUUGCAUAUGAACAUGAUAAACAAAUUUCUAUCAAUGAAGAUACAUUUCAAUGUAUUGAUUUUGCUGUAUAUGAACGAAAAAUAAAUAUGAAUUUAGCACGUCAAUUUUGGCUUAAACAACUAAAUGGAUAUAAUUCAGAAUCUCAACGACCAUUUUCAAUGGAUCGAUAUCGAAUAGUUAAUGAUCAACGAUCACCUUAUACUGUUCAUAUUGAAUUUUCAUUAGAUGAUAAUCUAUCUCGUUCUUUUCUUUCAUAUGCUUCAACACAUGAAAUUACACCAUUUCAACUUGGUUUAGCUACGUUCUAUAUUUUGAUGUUUAAAUUAACGAAUGGUACAACUGAUCUAUGUGCUGCUUGUACAAGUGCUAAUCGAUAUAGAUCAGAAUUACAAAAAUUAGUUGGUAUGUUUGUUGCUACUCUUCCUUAUCGUACUGAAAUCAAUCCAUAUAAUUCAUUUGAACAAUUUGCUAAACAAGUUCGAGAAAAAUGUUUUUCAAUUACUGAACAUUCACAUUAUCCUCUUCAACAUAUUCUUGCUGAUUCUCAACAUUUACAAUUGACUAUGAAUUUUCUUGAAAAUGCAUUUGAUUUUGUUACUCAUUCUCUUGAUACUAAUAAGUUAAAUUUAUGCAAUUCAAAAUUUGAAGUCAAUCCAACUCAAAGUAUAGAUGAUGUAGCUAAAUUUGAUUGGUUAUUAACAUUUGUCUAUAAUCCAUCUGCAGUUCAUGAUAUAAUGUCAAUCGAAUUAGUUUGUUCACAAGAUCUUUUUGAUCAAAAUACAGUGGAUAUUCUUGGUUCUCGAUUUGCACUUUUAUUUCAACAAUUAUUUGAUUACAAUUCAUUAUCACAUUCACUUUAUGAUUUAUCAAUUAUUUUACCACAUGAGCGAAUAUUAAUUGAUCAAUUGAUGAAUAAAAAUACGGACAGUCAAAGUCAAGGAGUUACUGUUGGUGAUUUAUUUCAACAACAAGUUGAAAAUCAUCCACAAAAAUUAGCUGUUCUUCUUGAUGAACAAUCUUUAACAUAUAAUGAACUAUUAUUUUAUGUACAACAACUUGCUCUUCAAAUAAUCAAUAGAUAUGAUAUUAAAUCUGGUGAUAUCAUUUGUCAAUUAGCAGAACGAAGUUUAUCAAUGAUCGUUGGUUCAUUAUCAAUUGAAAUAAUUGGUGGUGUUUAUUGUCCAUUAUCACCAGAAAAUCCUGAACAACGUCUUGCAAGUCUUGUAGAACAAACACAAGCUCGUCUUAUACUUGUUCAUUCAUUAACAAAUCAAAUAUUUAACAAUAGUUUUAUUAAAUAUGAUAUUGAUACAAUUAUAACUUGUAACGAUAAAAUUACAAAUGAUGAUCUUUAUCGAUUAUCAAAUAUUCCAAUAACUCCAGAUAAUAUAUCGUAUAUUGUUUUUACAAGUGGCUCAACAGGAAUACCAAAAGCGGUUCAAGUGCGACAUCGUAACUUAACUGCUUAUAUGCAAAGUCUUGACGAAAAGACAGCAUUUAAAAAAAGUGACAACGUGAUACAAAUGGCAAGUUGUUCUUUUGAUAAUCAUUUUCAAGAUAUUUUUGUAACAUUAAUGAUUGGUGCUGGUUUAAUUAUGUUACAUCCUCAUGGUAAUAAAGAUUUAACUUAUUUUAUUCAUCAAGUAAUGGACAAAGAUGUGACUGUUUUGGAAGCUGUACCAAGUUAUCUUGAUACAAUAUGUCAGCAUCUCGAAAUACAAAAUGAAACUGAAUGUUUAAAGAAAUUGCGAACAUUAAGUAGUGGAGGUGAUGUUUUAACAAAUCAAAUAAUGUCUCGUUUAAAAAAAUAUGCAUCUCUACCAUCAUCACCAUUGUCGUCAGACGGCUGUCGACGAUGGAAUACGUAUGGUCAAGCAGAAGCAACAAUUACUUCAACAUAUUUUCAAAUAGGAUUCGAUUUUGAUUCUGAUAAACAAGUAAUGUCAAUUGGAAAACCACUUCCUAAUUAUCAUUGUGCAAUUAUGGAUGAAUAUUUUCAAUUUUCUGCUGUUAAUCAAGAAGGUGAAUUAUUUAUUGGUGGUGUAUGUGUAUUUGCUGGAUAUUUUGGUCGUGAUGAUUUGACGGCAAAAGUAUUGGUUGAGAUUAAUAAUAAUAUAUUUUAUCGAAGUGGUGAUGUUGUUCGGUAUGAUCAACAGGGUUUUCUUUAUUUCAAAGGUAGAAAAGAUCAUCAAGUAAAAUUACGAGGACAACGUAUUGAAUUAGCUGAAAUUGAGAAAUGUCUUAUAAAUACAUCUUCAUCUGUAUUUGCUUGUACUGUUAUUAAAUGGAAUGAACAACAUUUAGUUGCUUAUGUACAAUGUAUUGAUGUUAAUGAAGAAUUAUUACUUCAACAAUGUCGUUCUCAUCUUCCAUCAUAUAUGGUACCAUCAAAAUUCAUUUUACUCGAACGAUUUCCUUUAAAUAUAAAUGGAAAACUUGAUCGAAAAUGUCUUCCUCAACCUGAUUUCUCUUCGUUAACAAUUCAUCAUGAUGCUAGUGUACCAUGCACUACUCUAGAACAACAAUUACAAAAUAUCUUUAGCCAAGCAUUUCAUAUUGAAUUACCUCCUAUUGAAGUUCCAUUUGGUCAACUUGGUGGAACAUCUUUGAAUGCAAUUCUUGCGCUUACAUUAAUACGACAAAAAAUAUGUACUAAUAUUGAUAUUGUUCUAUUAUUUUCUAAUCCAUCUAUACGACAAUUAGCACAAGCCAUCGAACCUUUGUUAAUUGUGAAUGAAUCACAAGAUACAAUUAUCACAAGUAAACAAGAUGAUGAAACACAUAUUCUAUCUUUACCAUCACCUUUAAUCGAAUCUGUUGGUAUUAUACUUCUUAUUUGUCAAUGGGUAUUACCAAUAAUGAUAAUUAUUAAUCGAUGUCAACCAUUUUUAUUCUUUAUUUUACCCAUCUUUCAUCUCAUGUUAUAUGUCAUUUGUUCACGUUUAUUUUCAUUUAAAAAUAAUAAACCUGACAAUAUCUUCUCUUGGAAUUAUUAUCGAUGGUGGUUUUUAGAUCGAUUAUGGAAUAAUAAUAGAUUUUGGUUACAACAUAUAAUUGGUACACCACUUUACAAUAAUUAUCUUCGUGUUUGUGGUGCUGAUGUUAGUCUUGAUGCACAUAUUUAUAGUACAAUUAUGGAUGCUCCAUGGCUAUUAGAUAUUGAUGAUGAAACUUGGAUUGCUGAUCAAACAGCUUUUAAUUGUUUACAUUUUAAUAAUGAUAAUAAUACUUUUCAGUUGUAUCCAAUUAGUAUCGGUUCUAAUUGUUCUAUUGGUACACGAACAAUUUUAUAUGAUGGAGUUAAUAUAGAAAAAAAUGUUAUUGUACAACCAAUGUCAUCAGUUAAUGGUUUUGUUGCAUCUCAAACGAUUAUCGAUGGUGAUGAUGAUAAAUCCUCUUCUACAAAUACAUUCAUGGCAUACAAUAAUAGAUCAUUAUCAAUAUGGCAUAAACUCUUUCAGGUUAUUGCACUUUGCUUACUGAUCUGUAUACAUUCAAUACUUUUGAUCAUCAUUUACAAAGUUUAUUCAAUUGUACAAAUACCAUUACCUAUUUGUAUUGCUUUUUGUUGGACAUUAUGGUCAAUUCUUAGUUGUUUUAUUUCUGUUAUUCUCUUAAAAUUUAUAGUUGGUUCUUGUGCUGCUGGUGAAACAUAUCCAAUUGCAUCAUGGUCAUAUUUACAUAAAUUAUGGCUUCGUCAAUUAAUUGUAUCUAGUUUUCAUCAUGCAUGGUUACUACUAAAUAGUUAUGAUCAUAUUUAUCCUAUUAUACUUCGUUGGUUAGGUGCUCAUAUUGGAGAUAAUGUUAAAAUCGGUGAAAUAGAUACAUUCUUGUCUUAUCCAACAAAUUUAUUACAUUUUGAAACAGGAGUCACUACUUUUGGUUCAGUAUUAUUAGUUCCAACUGAGUUGACACUUUCAGGUGAGCAUUGUGUAGAUCACAUAACACUUGGAUCUUAUACAAAUCUUGCGAAUGGAUGUUCAGUUUUACCGGGUAGUCAUCUUGCAUCUGAGACAAUGAUUGGCAAUUUAACACGCGUCUCUCGAGAGACAAAUAGUAGCACAGGAGACGUUUUUAUUGGUGUUCCAGCUUGUGUCAUGCCAUUCAAAAUGCCUUUGAGAUCAUCAUCAACAACAACAGCAGAUCAAAUGAAAAUCACUCCUAUUUGGCAUACAUGUUUUUCUUAUUUCAUCAGUAAAUCUCUUCUCUUAACUAUUUAUUCAUUAACUGGUGUCGUUGGUAUGUUAAUUAUUCAUACAAUACUUAUUUGUAUCACCUACCGAUAUCGCUCAUACAUACACUAUCCAAUAGUACAAGAAAUAAUUUCAAGACUAAGACAAGAUCAUCAACAAUUCAUUUGUCCAUUUCUUGGCAAUACACAAUGUUUAAUCAAUUUAUUUCGUGCAUUUGGUGCACGCAUUGGUAAAGGUGUUAUCAUACCUGAUGUUUCUUGUCUUACUGAUUAUCAUUUAAUAACUAUUGAAAAUGAUGUUCGACUUAAUAUGCAUGCUAAUAUUCAGUGUCAUAGUUUUGAACAAAGUAUCCUGAAGCUAGCUCCUGUGACAAUUAGAAAGUCAUGUGUGCUUAUGAGUGGUUCAUUUGUGAUGGCAGGCUGCAAAUUGAUGGGCAACAAUAGACUUUAUCCAUUUACAUUGGUCAUGAAAAAUGAUAUCUUACUACCAAAUACUCAAUGGAAAGGACUUCCUGCAAGACUUUUGACAACAAAAGCAGCAUCAUCUCAAUCUGCAUUGGUUCGUGGUAAUAAAGUCGAACAACAACAAUCAUCUGAAAACGUGGAUAGCUUGUCUUUCUGGUAUGAGUGGAUUGCAAAUACUUAUUCGAACGUUGAUGAACUACAAUUUAUGAAUUAUGGCUAUGCAGAUCUUGAUGAGCAUAUUGACGAUAAUUCCGACUACUGUUCGAAACAACUAUAUAAACAGGUCCUUGCACACGUAUCACUUACAAAUCAGAAUGUACUUGAAGUGAGUUGUGGUAGAGGUGCUGGUGCUGUUUGGUGCGUCCAUAAUUAUAUACCUGAUUCUUAUGUGGGAGCUGAUCUUUCUUCCGGUGUCAUUGAUGUAUGUCGACAACGCCAUUCGACGAUUUCUCGACUUUCCUUCGUAGUAGCUGAUGCAACAAAAUAUUUACCAUUUAAAAAUGAGUCCCUUGAUAUUGUUCUUUGUGUUGAAGCAACACAUGCUUAUGGUGGACCAGUAGCAGUACAACGAUUCGCUAGUGAAGUUGCCCGUGUACUUCGUCCAAAUGGAUAUUUUCUUUGGUGUGACUUAUUUCACAUAGAUGGAUCAGAUACAUCAAUUGAUUAUUUAACAGCAAAUGGUGAAUUGAUUGUUGAAGAAAAGAUCAAUAUUACAAAGAAUAUUCUCCAUGCACUUGACAUUCAAAGCAACACUCGUGCUGAAUUUAUUGAACGUUAUGUUCAACCAAGAGAACAAGAAUAUUUUCGUUUGUUUGCUGGAUUACCUGGUACUCAGAUGUACAAUAGCAUGUACGAAGGACAUAUACAGUAUUGGCGAGCUGUAUUUCGAAAGAAAACAACAACAUAUAUGACCACAAUCUGA